CGUUGUUUGUUUACAACCCGAGAACUUCCUGUCUGAUGGGAGUAGCAUUUUGGUUUUUUGUGUGUGACUGAGCUAACUAGUUAGAAGUGAGCUUUCAAGAUGGGUUGUGAUGGUGGCACGAUUCCCAAAAGACACGAGUUGGUGAAAGGGCCCAAGAAAAUCGAGAAGGUUGAUAAAAAUGCUGAACUGGCUGCCAAAUGGAAAUACUGUGCAUUGAGUCAAGAGAAACUUAGACGACCCAUCGUCUCCUGUGAACUGGGAAGACUGUACAACAAAGAUGCUAUCAUUGAGUAUCUCCUGGAUAAGUCGGCUGAGAGACCCAAUGCUGAGGCUGUAGCACACAUCCGUGGGAUCAAGGAUAUAAAGGAGCUGAACUUGACUGAUAACCCUGAAUGGGAAGGAGAAAGAAGAAAUACAAAGGGAGACAGAUAUGAAGACAUUCAUUGUGGCAUGUUUAUUUGCCCUGUAGUUGGGUUGGAGAUGAAUGGCAAACACCGGUUCUGUUACCUCCAGACUUGUGGCUGUGUCUUUUCAGACAGGGCCCUGAAGGAAGUCAAGACAGAAAUCUGCCACAAGUGUGGGGAUCCAUUUAAAGAUGAAGAUAUCGUUGUGCUCAAUGGCAACAAGGAGGAGGUGGACAAGCUGAGAGAGAAGAUGGAAGAGAAGCGGGCUAAAGCUAAAACUAAGAAAUCAAAGAAGAGUAAAGCAACUGAAACGGUGUCAACAUCAGAAUCAAAAGACGGCACAGUGUCUCCUCCCAAUGAUAUAGCAGGAACAAGCUUGCAACAAAAUGGUGGUGACAGCAGCCAGUCAGCUGUGGCUGGACCCUCUGGAUCUUCCAGCUUGUCUAAAGCGACCAAGUCUUCAUCAGCCUCUGCUACAAAGAGGUCCAUCCAGGAUAUGAACGAAAAGUCAGAGGCUUUUAAGUCUUUGUUCACAACCCACAGUUCUGCCAAGCGCACUAAAGAGCAGACAUCCAACUGGGUCACCCACACCCCUUAUCACUUCUAAUAACUACUAAAGUGCAUAGAUCACAGUUUCUAGAUCUUUCCAGAAAUAUUAACAUAUUAAAAUAAAUCUUGCUGUGCAUACCAAGCACACACACCCAACCCUACAUGACCUCAGAUAUUGACAGCGAUAUGUGGGCUAAUUCCCAAUUUCUCUCUCCAGUUCCCAGUAGCUCAGUGUUUACAUGUUGUUAACAUUUAGUUACGGCUCCCUAAGUGGUUCAGAGUGUGUGCUUUGUAACUUAAUUCCUCCCCCAUGGAUUCCCUCACAUCCUCUUUGUUCUCAGUCACAGGUGCUUGAGGAAUUAAUACUAGGAUGACUGUAUUAUCAGUGGCACUCUGCUUCCCCCUAAUGGGCAGAAAAUAGCUUUUUAAUGUGCUCACAGCAUUGCUGCAUUUAUUUUAGUCCUUAGUUAUGAUAAGAAAAAUGAAAAAAGACAAACUGCCCUGCAUUUGAAAAGGCAGAUCCUCAGUAAUUAGUAUCUCCAGAUUUUCCUUUCCUCACAAAAUCUAGUUGUAUGUGCUUGGUAGCUAUUUAUUUUGGCUUAUUUUUUUAACAGGUGUAGCAGAUGACUUUCACUCACUUUUGUUCUUUUAAUUAGUUAUUUCUCAAUUGUUCUUUGAAACGGGGGAAAAACUAAAGCAUUUGGUGUAUUUGACUCCUCUGAUUUGCAAAAUAACCACCACAGCCAGAGACCAACAGCUUUAAUGCGAUAGGGGAAAUAUACUCAGUAACUAACGCUUUUUUUGUUUUUGUGCAUUUUUGUCUGGACUUUUAUGGAAGACCUUUAAAAUAAAAAGUUACAUUGUAUUACUGUCUCCAAUUGAAUUCAUAUUGAGGUUUAAUGUGCUUGUAUAGACAGUCAGUACAUUUACAACAUUUACAAAGAAAUAAAAAAAAUGCUUUGUUCUUCCUUUUUGCUUUUUUUUUUUUUGUAUCAAGCAAUGCCACAAUAAAUUUCUAUUCACAUUAUUUUAGUGUUCUUUUUAUGGUGCAGAUUAUAUUACAUCUUUGUGUUCUCUCUUCUGUAACACGUUACCAAGUGCAUAACAGAGCAUUAAUUAUCCAAGAUCACAAAAGCAAAACCAAAUCCCUGUUGUGCACUUGAAGGGAAACAUCACACCUAACACAAGCUAUAAAAAACUCUUACGCAACAAGUCUCCCUGCAGUGAUUAUGUGGACAGUGUCACAUUUUUGUAAUUAGGGCUUGUAUUUCACAGUAAUGAGACAACCAGGAAGCAACUAAAAAACAGACUCAGCAUAAAUCCACAAAAAAAAUAACUUUUGAGUAUUAGUGGCAUUACUUAGUGGGGUGGCUGUAGCUCAGGUGGCAGAGCAGGUCAGCCACUAAUCAGAAGGUCGGUGGUUCGAUCCCAGGCUGCCUCCUGGCUGUAUGCCAAAUAUCCUUGGGCAAGAUACUAACCCCAUGUUUGCCUACUGGUGGUCAGAGGGCCCGGUGGCGCCAGUGCAGCCUCGCCUCUGUCAGUGCGCCCCAGGGCAGCUGUGGCUACAAUGUAGUUAGUCAUUGCCAGUGUGUGAAUGGGUGAAUGACUGAAUGUAGUUUGGGGUCAUCCUAAGGACCUCAAAGCGGAACAAUAACGCUUUGGGGUCCUUAGGGACUGAGUAAAGCGCUAUACAAAUGCAGGCCAUUUACCAUUUAGGGAAAAAUAUUUGAACCCCUGCUGAUUUAGUAAGUUUGCCCACUAACAAAGAAAUCAUCAUUAUCAUCUAUAUUUUCAACGGUAUGUUUAUUUGAACACUAAGAGACGGAACAAUAACAAAAAAAGAAUGGAUUUCAAAAAAGUUUUUAAUUUCAUCCAUUCGCAAUUUAAUGAAGGAAAUUAUUAUUUGAUCCCUUUGCAAAACGUGCUUUAGUACUUGGUGGUAAAACCUUUGUUGGUGUCUUGCAGUUGGCCACAAAGUUUUGCACACAUCUCAGGGAUUUUGUCCCACUCCUCUGCAGAUUCUCUCCAAGUCAAUAAUGUUUCGUGGCUGAUGUUCGGCAACUCGAACCUUCAGCUCCCUCUAAAGAUUUUCUGUGGGAUUAAGGUCUGGAGACUGACUAGGACACUCCAAGACCUUAAUAUGCUUGUCGCGCUGACCUAGUAGGUGUGGCUGUUACUCUUCUCUUCCUCCUCCUGCCCACUACCUGCUCUGUGCUGCUGCUUGCGCGUGCCUGCUGAUUAGACCUUGUGUGCAAUCUACAACUAAGCGCGGCCUGGUGCGCGCCGCUCCGCCAGUUGAGCUGAAUUAGAGCAAUCAAGGGCUGGCAUGCCUAGUAGACCUUAAAAUGCAUGCAGCAGUCAUUUGACCCGGGUGCGACAUACUGAGAGGACAGCAAACAAAGCACAAUCCACUUUCCACUGUGAGGAGGAUUUUGAGCUAGACGGGCUAUCGGUAAGCUCUUGGACUCAUAUUUGCUGCUUACGUGUUUGGGAACUGUGGAAGCUCAAUUGUGGAAAUGUGCUUAUGCUUUGGGAAAUAGUUACUGCAUUUAAGUUUAAAAAAUUAUAUUGAACUUUUGUCUAUAUUAAAUGGCUUUACUGAAGUGUAUAUAUUUUUAUUUUAUUUGUAUUCUAUUGCAUUUAAUUUAUCUGAGUGAUUAAUGAAAUGUUCUUUAUUUUUUUGUUUAAAGGUUUUUCACCUACCUACCUAGCAAAACAGCUAUCUAACUAGCUAACUACCUGAUUGACUGAAUGAACCUGAAACUGGUCAAAAAUUGAGUGAAAUUCAAAGUCUGGUCUUUUCAAGUGUGGGCACCUCACAGACAGAACACUUGACAAUGCUUCUUCUUGAGCCAGUCCUUUGUUGACUUGGCUGUGUGUUUGGGAUCAUUGUCAUGCUGGAAUACACAUCCACGACACAUUUUCAAUUCCCUGGGUGAGGGAAGGAGGUUCUUACCUAACCAUCCUCCCUUUGAUGCAGUGCAGUUGUCCUGUCCACUUGGGAGGAAAAACACCCACAAAGUAAAUUGUUUCCACCUCCAUGUUUGAUGGUGCGGAUGGUGUUUUUGGAGUCAUAGACAGGAACCUUGGAGUCAUUUUUGACCAAGACAUGUCCUUCAACGCACAUAUUAAACAAAUAUGUAAGACUGCUUUCUUCUAUUUGCGCAACAUCUCUAAAAUGAGAAAUAUCCUGUCUCAGAGUGACGCUGAAAAACUAGUUCACGCAUUUAUUACUUCCAGGCUGGAAUACUAUAAUUCAUUAUUAUCAGGAUGUCCUAAAAACUCCCUGAAAAGCCUUCAGUUAAUCCAAAAUGCUGCAGCAAGAGUACUGACAGGGACUAGAAAGAGAGCAGAUUUCUCCUGUAUUGGCUUCCCUUCAUUGGCUUCCUGUUAAAUCCAGAAUUUAAUUCAAAAUCCUGCUCCUCACAUACAAGGUCUUAAAUAAUCAGGCCCCAUCUUAAUGGCCUUGUAGUACCAUAUCACCCUAUUAGAGCACUUCGCUCUUGCACUGCAGGCUUACUUGUUGUCCCUAGAGUAUUUAAAAGUAGAAUGGGAGGGAGAGCCUUCAGUUUUCAGGCCCCUCUUCUGUGGAACCAGCUUCCAGUUUGGAUUCGGGAGACAGACACUAUCUCUACUUUUAAGAUUAGGCUUAAAAUUUUCCUUUUUGCUAAAGCAUAUAGUUAGGGCUGGACCAGGUGACCCUGAAUCCUCCCUUAGUUAUGCUGCAAUAGACGUAGGCUGCCGGGGAUUCCCAUGAUGCAUUGAGUUUUUCCUUUCCAGUCACCUUUCUCACUCACUAUGUGUUAAGAGACCUCUCUGCAUUGAAUUAUGUCUGUUAUUAACCUUUCUCUCUUCCACAGCAUGUCUUUUUCCUGUUUUCCUUCUCUCACCCCAACCGGUCGCAGCAGAUGGCCGCCACUCCCUGAGCCUGGUUCUGCCGGAGUUUCUUCCUGUUAAAAGGGAGUUUUUCCCUUCACACUGUUGCCAAAGUGCUUGCUCAUAGGGGUCAUAUGAUUGUUGGGUUUUUCUCUGUAUCUAUUAUUGUACGAUCUACUGUACAAUAUAAAGCGCCUUGAGGCGACUGUUGUGAUUUGGCGCUAUAUCAAUAAAAUUGAAUUGAAAAAAUUGAAUUGAAUUUCUUCUCCUCCCAACAUGGCGAGUUGAGUUGAUGCCAAAUAACUGAAUUUUGAUGUCACCUGACCACAACACUUUCCCCCAGUCCUCAUCUGAAUCAUUGAGAUGUUCAGUGGCAAACUUUAAACGGGCCUGCAUAUGUGCUUUCUUGAGCAGGGGGACGUUGCAGGCACUGCAGAAUUUCAGUCCUUCACGUCUUAGUGUUUUACCAACUGCUUUCUUGGUGACUAUCGUCCCACCUACCUUGAAAUCAUUGACAAGUUCCUUCUGAGUAGUUCUGGGCUGAUUCCUCAACAUUCUCAUUAUCACUGAAACUCCACGAGGUGAGAUCUUGUGUGGAGCUCCAGAACGAUGGAGUCUUGCAGUUAUUUUAUUUGCAAAUAAUCGCACCAACUGUUGCCACCUUCUCACCUUGCUGCUUGGCGAUGGUCUUGUAGCCCAUUCCAGCCUUGUGUAGGUCCACAAUCUUGUUCCUGACAUCCUUGGAAAGCUCUUUGGUCUUGGCCAUGGUGCAGACUUUGGAAUCUGGAUAGACUGAUUGCUGCUAUGGACAGCGUAACGAGUUGAGAAGGCUCCUAAUGUCAGCUCGUUACCUGUAUUAAGAAAUCUUGCUGAUUGAUCGGGGAUCAAAUAGUUGUUUCCUUCAUGAAAAUGUGAAGAAAUUUAUACCUUUACUGAAAUGCAUUUUGUGGAUUUUUUGUUAAUGUUCUGUAUCUCACUGUUCAAAUAAACCUACCAUUGAAAUUAUA